AAUAGAGUUUGGAUGAAUUAUAUUGGACUGCUUAAUACAGUUAUAGAGGCUAAGACAAAUGAAUUUCCAAAUAGAAAGUUUACCUUAAUUAAGCUUCUUGGAUCUGGCUCGGAAGGAGGAGUAUAUAUUGCAAACGCGUAAGGAUGGGGAAAUAAUUCUAAAUAAUUUGCGCUUAAGCUACAGAAAUAGAUGAAAGAAAGUGAGAAGGACUUUAUUAAAAAUUUAAUUCAAUACCAAAAGGUUUUUGAUUAAGGAAACGAUAAAGGUUAGCUUUCUAGUAACAUAAUCUAAAUAUAUGAUUAUUUCGAAUGGUAGAAAUAACAUUGUAUUAUAAUGGAAGUUGGCUAAGAGAGUCUAUAUCAUUUUACAAGUUAAAACAAAAUACCUGUAUAAGAGAAAAAUAAAGUUUUGAUUCAAGUAAAUAGAUUUUUAAUUCUUAAUAGAUUACUCUACCAAUACUUUUUUUACAUAAUGCUAAACUAAUCCAUAGAGAUUUAAAACCAGAAAAUUACAUCAAAGUAGGGGAUACUUUUAAGUUGAUUGACUUUGGUUUAGUUAGGGGUUCAAACCCUUAGGAUAUAAAAACAAUGUCAGUUGGCUCUUUAGUCUUUUAAGCACCAGAAAUGAUAUAAAAUAGCAAUAAUUAUAAUGAGAAAAUUGACAUUUGGUCAUUGGCAUGCGUUUUUUAUGAAGUUUUAUCAUCUUAAACAUUAUUUGAUGGUAUUUAUAUUUUAUAACUUAAGGAUAAAAUUACCAAUAAUUAACUUAAUAAAUCAUAAAUCAUAAAUUUCCAGCUAAUAUUAAUAAUAAAAUCAAUUAAUUGUAGACUUCAGAAAAAAUUAAAAACCUUUUAGUUAACAUGCUGUCAUAUGUGGAAGCCAAGCGACCAACAAUCCAAUAGGUUUAUAAUGAAUUACAAUAAUAACUUCCAGAAAAAUCUUAAAUCUAAAUAGCUAUUGAAAGAAUCUAAAUUUUAGAAAACAAUUUCAAAAAUAUAGAAUAAUAAUUUGAGGUUGAUGCUUAAUAAAUUUCAAAAGGUGAAUUAGAAUUAUUUGAUAAAUUAAUACAAUCCUUGAAGAUUGAUUUAAAACAAUUAAAUAACAAAUAUUUAGAAAUGGACUAAACAAUUAAAAAUUAAUAAUAGUUUAAUUUAGAAUAAUAGAAUAAAAUGGAAACUCUUGUAAAUUCUCAGUUACAACAAAAAUAAGUAUAAUUUGAUUCUUAAAUAAAAUAACUUGAAGGAAAAUAUUCUCAAUUAGAAAUCAAAAUAACAAAAUAAUUUUUCGAUAAAGAUUAAUAAAUAGAACUUUAAAAACAAUAAAUUUAACAACAAACUAAUGAGAAAAAGUAAAUGGAAGAAAAAUUGAAUUUUGCUUAAACUUAAUUAUAAAAUUAAUAAAAAGAUUUUGAAACUAAGAUAUAAAAUAAAUUAAAUAACAUAGAAAGUUCUAUUGCAGAAAAGUUACAAUCCAGAGAUAAAAUAAUAGAAUCUUUAAAAUAAUAAGUAUUAUAAUAAACUAAUGAGAAAAAAUUAAUGGAAGAAAAGUUGAAUUCUGCUUAAACAUAAUCAUAAAAUUAAUAACAAGAACUUGAGUCCAAGAUUUAAAAUAAAAUAAGUAAUAUAGAAAAAUCUAUUGCAGAAAAGUUAGAAUUUAAAGAUUAGCUUAUAGGAUCUUAAAAACAUUAAAUUUAAUAAUAAUCUAAUGAGAAUAAGUCAUUCGAUUAAAGAAUAAAUGAUUAUUUAACAUAAUUAUAGAAAUAGUAAUAAGAUUUUGAAAUCAAGUUAGAAAAAAAUAUUUUGAAUGUAGCUAGUCAAAAAUCCAAUUAAGAAGAAACUAUAUUAAGUCCUAAUAUCUAAAAUUAUAUAGAAGACAAAUUAAAAGACUAUUUUUAAUAAUAAAUUUAAGAAUAUAAAGACCAAGUAGAUAACAUAAAUUCAAAUUUGUUAGAAAAUUAGAAAAAAUAGUUUAAUGAUCAGUUGUUAAAAAUUUAAUAGAAUGUCACAAAUAAAAUUCAAGAAUGCUAAUAAUAAAAUGGAAAUACGAUAGAGUACAGAAAUUAAGAAUUUUAUCAAGAUUCGCACCCUUAAAAUGAAAUCAAUAAUCAAAAUAGUGCUAAUUAAGAAUAUAAUUUAGAAGAAUCGAAGUUAACUAACAAUUAAGGAUUAAAUGAAAACUACUUAAAUAUUUAACAACAAAACUAAAUAGAAUUGAAUUAACAUAAUUCUAAAGCUUUAAAGGAUAAUCAUAUGGAAAAUGAAAAAUAAACCACAAAUUAAGAAAUGAUAAGCAAUUAAGGAUAAAUUGAAAACCACUGUUAAUAAUAAUGCCUAGAUUAAUAAUAAUAGAGCAUAUAGGAAUCAUAAAUAAAAGAUAAUCAAAAAUAAAACAUAAAUGAAAUAAUGAUAAGCAAUUAAAGAUCUAUUGAAAACUACGGUUAAUAAUAGUGCUUAGAGGAAUAAUAAUCGGAUAUAUCUGAAUCAAAAAUAAAAGAUAAUUAAAAGUAAAACACAAAUGAGCAAGGGAUUAGCAAUUAAAGAUCAAUUGAAAACGAUGAUUAAUAAUAAUCCUUAGAUGAAUAAUAGUAGAGCAUAUAGGAAUCAUAAGUAAAAGAAAAUUCACAAUAAAACGCAAAUGAACUCAGGAUAGAUAAUUAGGAAUCGAAGAAAGAUGAUAAUGAAAACAUCUUAUCUUCUAUUAGUUAACAUAUUUAAAAUGAUGAAAAUGAUUCACAAAAUUCGCAGGGAUUUUUACUAAAGUAUUUUAGUUAGUAAGGCUCAAUUCUGAUCUAAGAGUUAUCUUAAAUAUUCAUGCAUAAUUAUCCAAAUAAUUAGCAAUCAACUUAAUAUUUAUAAAACUAAGAUGACCUAAUUUAAUAAUAAGAAAAUCAAUAACUAUAACAAAUUUCUUAACCUCAAAGUAGCUUAUAAUAAUCAUAAUCGCAAUUAUCAAACUUAUAAAAUAUAGAAUAUGCAUAAAAUAAUCAAUAAGAGAUUAAUGAGACUUAUCAUUAACAUUAAUAGAAUUUAGAUUAUAGCACAAUAAAUGGGUUCAAAAUUCACUUUGAAAAUUUAAAAAAAGAAAUAUCACAAAAGGUUAGUGAAUAAUUCAAUAUUUUACGAAUUGCAGAUUUGGAAAACCUAGAUAAAAUAACAAAUCUAAAGAAAGAUGUACUAAAUUUAACAAUUAAAUUAGAAAGAUUUAAAAUAGUAUCAACAGAAGAAAAGAUAUUAUUGUUAGAAAAAAAUUAAGAAGUAAUUAAAUAAUUUGAAGCUGAAUAGUAGUAAUUAAAAAAAAAAUAAUAAAAAGAUGGUUAGAUCAUAAAUGAGUUAAAUUCAUAAUUAUCAAACUUCAAAACAGAAAAUAACUAGCUAAAUGAAACUAACAAUUCUUUGAAAUUAAUGUAUUAAGAGUUUAAAAGAGAUAGCGAGGCUGAAAAUGCUGCAAAAUAAAAAGAAUAUGACCAACUAAAAAUAAGUUUUGAAAUCUUUUAAUAAAAAAGUUUGGAUGAAAAAGAAGCAAAAAAAAUAGAAUGUGAUCAACUCAUACACAAGAUUUAAUCAGACAAUUUGGCUGAAAAGGCUGCAAAAUAAAAAGAAUAUGAUCAGCUAAAAUUAAGAUUUGAAAACCUUUAAUAAAAAAGUUUAGAUGAAAAACAAGAAAAACAAAAAGAAUGUGAUCAACUCAUACACAAGAUUCAAUAAGACAGUUUGGCUGAAAGAAAAGCAAAUCAAGAAACAUAUAAUAAACUAAAACUCAACCUUCAGAAGGUAGAAUAAGAAAGUUUGGAUGACAAAAAGGCCAAACAAACGGAAAUUGAUCUAUUGAAAAAAAAUAUCUCCUAAUUUUAAAUAUAAUAAAACACUUUACAAGCAGAACUAUAUAAGUUAAAUUAGGACAAAAUUGAAAAAGAAAAAACACUAAAUCAAUUAUCAACAGCUAAUAAAAGUAUGCAUUUAAGCUUGGAAUAAGCAAAACAACCUUUGAAUCAAGUGAAGGCAUUAAUUAAUUACUUUAAAAAUUAAGAUAAUUUAAAAAAAUUUUAUGAAAAUCAGAAUGCUGAAUAUAUGGAAUUAAUCGAAGCAAUAAAUCAAAGUUUUUGAAUUCAUUAUUAAAAAG